UUCAUCUUCCCUAAUGCCAAAAGUUAGACACAAAGGCGUCAUUUUGAGGAUGGGCUCUCCAAUGCUUGGCGAAUCUGAGAGUUCUAUGAGAGAUGGAGUUGAAGCACCACCGCGAGGCGAAGAAGAUGGUAUCGGAGAUGGAAUGCAAGCUCAAACCAAUGUUGUAUCAGAGUCUUGUGGUAGAGAAGAGGAAGCUCCAACGAAUGUAGUUUCAGAGUCUGUUGUGGGAGAUGAAGCUGAAGCUCGUGCUCCAGGUCGACGAAGAAAACGAAGGAAAGUCAGAGUUGAAGAGGAGGAUGAAGAGCCCGAAAUUGAUCCUGAGCCUGACAUUGAAGACGACUGCGCGGUGUAUGGUGAUGAAGACUGUGAUGAUGUUGAUGAUGUUGUAGGUGGUGGAGAUAAAGACGAUAAUGGUGGUUUAGGUGUCGAAGAAGAUGUUAACCUUGACAUCGAAAAAGAUUUCCCAGAGGAUUAUAGAGAGUAUGAAGCUGCUAGUGAUUGUGACAGCGGAGACGAUAUAUGGGACGACGACAAGAUUCCAGAUCUUCUGUCAUCCGACGAUGAUGAUGAAGACAGAGCUGUAGAAGAGGAAGCUCGUACUGAUGUUGACGAUCCAGAGACCAUCCUAGCACUGAAGAAGACUUUCAACUCUCCUGAGGACUUCAAGCUUGCUCUUUUGAUGUACUCUUUAAAGACAAGGUAUGACAUUAAACUCUAUAGAUCUGAGGCUAUGGUUGUUGCUGCGAAGUGUGUCUAUAUUCGUGAUGAUGGUGUUAAAUGUCAGUGGAGAGUUUAUUGUUCUUAUGAGAAGACGAAACAUAAGAUGCAGAUAAGAACCUAUGUCAAUGAGCAUAUAUGUGUGAGGUCUGGAUAUUCAAAGAUGUUGAAGCGAUCAACCAUUGCAUUCUUAUUUGAAGAAAGGCUGAGAGUGAAUCCAAAGCUCACCAAACAUGAGAUGGUUGCUGAGAUCAAGAGAGAAUACAAGUUGGAAGUGACUCCGGAUCAGUGUGCUAAGGCAAAGACUAAAGUGUUGAGAGAAAAACGUGCUAGUCAUGAUAUUCAUUUUGCAAGAAUCUGGGAUUAUCAAUCAGAGGUUUUAACUCGGAAUCCAGGGACAGAAUUCAACAUAGAGACAAUUGCAGGGCCAGUGAUUGGAAGCAAGCAGAGGUUCUAUAGGUUAUAUAUUUGUUUUCAAGCUCAAAGGGAUUCAUGGAAACAAACUUGUAGACCUGUGAUAGGAAUAGAUGGAGCUUUUCUGAAAUGGGACAUAAAAGGACAUCUCUUAGCCGCAGUUGGAAGAGAUGGGGAUAAUCGGAUUGUGCCUAUUGCUUGGGCAGUUGUAGAGAUUGAAAACGAUGACAACUGGGACUGGUUUCUGAGACAGAUUUCUGCAAGUUUGGGACUUUGUCAAAUGUCUGAUCUAGCCAUCCUUUCAGAUAAACAAUCGGGUCUAGUCAAGGCUAUCCAUACCAUUCUCCCACAAGCUGAGCAUCGACAAUGUUCAAAACACAUCAUGGAUAAUUGGAAAAGAGACAGCCAUGACAUUGAGCUGCAACGUCUAUUUUGGAAGAUAGCACGCAGCUACACCAUAGAAGAGUUCAAUAAUCACAUGGAGGAUCUAAAGAAGUAUAAUCGUCAAGCUCAUAACUCUCUGCAACUAACUAGUCCGAUGACUUGGUCUAGAGCAUUCUUUAGAACAGGUACAUGUUGCAAUGACAACCUCAAUAAUCUCAGUGAGUCUUUCAAUAGGACUAUUAGACAAGCCAGGAGGAAGCCAUUGUUGGAUCUUCUAGAGGACAUUAGGAGGCAGUGCAUGGUCAGAACAGCUAAAAGGUAUAUCAUUGCAGACAAGUUGCAGACUAGGUUCACACCAAGAGCUCAUGCUGAGAUUGAAAGGAUGAUUGUUGGGGCACAAAGCUGUGAGAGAUAUAUGUCGAGAAACAACCUGCAUGAGAUAUAUCAUAAUGGGGUUGGCUACUUUGUUGAUAUGGAUUUGAAGACUUGUGGCUGCAGAAAGUGGCAAAUGGUUGGGAUCCCAUGUAUUCAUGCAACAUGUGUGAUAAUAGGAAGAAAGGAGAAAGUUGAAGACUAUGUCAAUGAUUAUUACACAAAGUUAAGGUGGCGAGAAACAUACAGAGAUGGUAUCAGACCUGUCCAAGGGAUGCCAUUGUGGCCUAGAUUGCAGAAGUUGCCUGUCUUGCCACCACCAUGGAGAAGAGGUAACUCGGGAAGGCCAAGUAACUAUGCAAGAAAGAAAGGAAGAAAUGAAUCUGCAGCUUCUUCAAAUAAGAACAAGAUGUCAAGAGAAAAGAGAAUCAUGACAUGCUCUAACUGCCAGCAAGAAGGACACACCAAGGCCACAUGUAAAAAUGCUACUGUUCUGCGUGUACAAAAAAGACCAAGAGGGAGACCAAGGAAAUAUGAGGAAGCACAAGCUAUUGAAACUUAUCCAGGAUCACAAGGAGAAGUAGCAGGAUCACAAGGGCAAGUUGCAGGAUCACAAGGACAUGUACAGAGAUCACAAGGUUCACAAAGACAAAGACAAGGAGCAUCAAGUUCACAAGGACAAGGAUCACAAAGACAAAGACAAAGACCAUCGAGUUCACAAGGACAAGGAACAUCAAAUUCACAACCACAAGGAUCACAAGCUGAUCGACGACAUGGAACUGCAGCACAACCCCAAGCACAAGCAGAACCACAAGGACUUGGUAGAUUGGCUUCAUGGUUUGACUGUUCCACUUAAGCUUAGUCUCGGGUAUCUUUUUGUUGUUUGACAUAAUUGACUUGUCUUUAUGACAUAAGCUUAGUCUCGGCUUUUUUAUUGUUGUAUGAACUUGUCUUUAAGACAUUAUCUUAGUCUCGGAUUUCUUUUUUGUUGUUUGAACUUGUCUUUAUGACAUGGCAUUCUUGUAAUGUAUGAAUGGUUUCUGAAACUAGUCUCUUGGUUCUCUCUUAACUAGUGAUUUUCAGUACUAAAAUACAAACAUGUUUGAUAAUGAACCAAGACCAAACAUGUUUCAUUGCAAAACAUAGAAACUUAUACAAGACACAACACAAAACUAAAACAAGAGAAGACACAAACGAGAGAAACAUGAACUAAGACCAAAGACAAAGACACAAACCAAAUAAGACACUAAUGCACAACUAGGAACCAAGAACUAAAUUCUGUCUUUUGUCUCCAACACCAAACAGUAGGAUAACAAAGACAAUGACAGCAACACAAAGGCUUACUAAACACACUUUGAUCAU